AUGCCUAUCCUCAUCUCGGAUACUCAAUCAGCGUUUGUUUCCGGUCGAGCUAUAGCGGACAAUGUCCUUAUCACUCAUGAGACUCUCCACUACCUUCGGACUUCGGAAGCCAGGAAGUACUGUUCAAUGGCGGUGAAAACCGACAUGAGCAAAGCCUAUGACCGCAUCGAAUGGGGUUUUGCCCGCGAAGUCUUAUCUCUCCUUGGCUUCGACCCCGUUUGGAUUGCAUGGAUAAUGACUUGCAUAGAGACAGUAUCAUACUCCUUUCUCAUUAAUGGGACACCGCAGGGAAGGGUUAGACCAUCCCGAGGCCUUAGACAAGGAGAUCCGCUAUCUCCCUAUAUCUUCAUUUUAUGUACAGAGGUUCUCGCGGCGAUGUGUAACAAGGGACAGGAAGAUGGUUCUCUCCCGGGCGUCCGUGUAGCUCGAGGUUGUCCACCAAUCAACCAUCUCCUUUUUGCCGACGACACCAUGUUUUUCUGCAAGUCUAAUGUUAAGAGCGUUACGGCGCUGUCGAGUAUCAUCAGUUCUUACGAAGCUCUAUCCGGGCAGAAAAUUAACACUCUGAAAUCUUCGAUUACCUUUUCGGCGAAGACCCCUCCUGAGGUCAGAACCAGAGUGAAAGCUUCCCUGUCUAUCGAUACUGAGGGUGGGAUAGGGAAGUAUCUUGGGCUCCCGGAAAAUUUCGGUCGCAAGAAAUGUGAUAUUUUUGCGACAAUUGUUGGUAAAAUCAGACAGAAAGCUCUGAGCUGGAAGUCGAGGUUUCUUUCCGGAGCCGGGAAACAAAUAAUGUUGAAGUCAGUUCUCUCAGCUAUGCCGUGUUAUACGAUGUCAUGUUUUAAAAUUCCGAUCUCCCUGUGCAAUCAGAUUCAGUCUAUCCUGACCCGGUUUUGGUGGGACGCAAACCCGGGAAAGAGGAAAUUAUGUUGGGUUGCUUGGUCCACCUUGACGCUGCCUAAGUUUGCGGGAGGCCUCGGGUUCCGAGACAUUGAGACUCUCAAUGAUUCGCUGUUAGCAAAAGUAGGGUGGAGGCUUCUAAAAAACCCCCACUCGUUUCUGGCGAGAGUCUUACUUGGCAAAUAUGCUCGGGACUCAUCUUUCUUGACUUGCACGGUGCCUGUCUCGGCGUCCCAUGGUUGGAGAAGCAUCAUUGCUGGCAGGAAACUCCUGAAGAAAGGACUGAGCUGGGUGGUCGGUAAUGGCGAAUCGAUUAGAGUGUGGGAGGACCCAUGGCUCUCCUUUGUGACGCCGUCUCGACCUGUAGGUCCCCCGUCGGAGUUUGCUUACUCUCUCCGAGUCAGCGAUCUACUCUGUCCCUUAUCAAAUCAAUGGGACAUCAACAGAAUUAGGGAACAUUUACCACAGUAUGAGGAUUGUAUUUUGAGGAUUGUAACCAGUGCAGGCCCGUCCCUAGACGCCUUGGUUUGGUUACCUGAGAAGAAUGGAGCCUACUCUACCAAAUCAGGGUAUGCGCUGGGAAUUCUGGAGAAAUGUGCAUGGGAGAAGGACCAACAACCAUUGGAGUGGCAAAAGCAUAUAUGGAGCGCCAAGACCAUCCCCAAGAUCAGAGAAUUCCUUUGGCGAAUCGUAAAGAAAGCAAUUCCAGUGAGCGAGAAUCUUAGUAAACGUGGAGUUCCUCCCUUCAACUGUAAGAGAUGCGGAGCACAUGAGGACGACCUCCAUGUUUUUCUUACUUGCCCUUUUGCAGAGGAGGUCUGGAACCUGCUACCGGUGCGCAUCAGACCGGCCGCCUCGCUGCUGUCAAUGGCGGAACUCAUUAAAGCAGGAUCAACUUAUACCCCUCUUCCACCAUCUGGCCUCUCUGAUCCUAUGUGGCCUUGGGUGUUGUGGAAUCUGUGGAAGUCCCGGAACCAGCUAAUGUUUGAAAACAGAGGGUUCUCGGCGCAGGAGACAGCUUUAAAGUGUAUUCUGGAUGCGAAGGAGUGGUCCUCAGCGCAAGACCAUCGGGAUCGGAGACCUCUGGCGCCCCCCUUGGGACCGCCUUCUGCCCCCUCUACUUGUCGCUCUGUUCCCCCACCGUCUUUCCCACUUGAUGUGCUUGCGUGUAAAGUUGAUGCAGCGUGGGACAGUUCUUCCGGUGGCUGUGGAAUUGGAGGUAUCUUCUCAGGAAAUAACCUCAAGCGCAUUCCGAACCUGAGCGAGUCUCGCUCCCAUGUAUCUUCAGCCCUUAUGGCAGAGGCCAUAGCUGUUCGCCUUGCGGUUGUUACAGCCGUCUACUCAAACGUCCGAUCCCUGGCCGUUCUAACCGAUUCGCUCUCCCUCGUCACACUACUGAAGAAGGAAGCCACUCAACCUGAACUGUUCGGUAUCAUGUUUGAUAUUUAUCAUGCUUUGUCGUACUUUGAUCGGAUUUCUUUUCACUUUAUCUCUAGGACUUUUAAUGGUGAGGCUGAUUUGGUGGCAAAAUCUGCUCUCACUCUGCUUUCUGUAAACUCCUCUGUUGGAGGAUAA